UUGAGGAUCUGCUCACGUCCUGAUGACUCCCAGAUAUUUCGUGUCCAAGUGCGCCAAGUGGAAGACUACCCCGUGGAUAUCUACUACCUGAUGGACUUGUCCAACUCCAUGAAGGAUGAUCUGAGGAACAUCCAGAACCUGGGCACCAAGCUGGCCAGCGAGAUGCGCAAGCUCACCAGCAACCUACGCAUUGGCUUUGGGGCCUUCGUGGACAAGCCCAUUUCCCCCUACAUGUACAUCUCUCCUCCUCAGGCCAUCACGAACCCUUGCUAUGAGAUCGGGGAAACCUGCCUGCCCAUGUUUGGCUACAAACAUGUCCUGUCACUCACGGAUGAGGUGACACGCUUCAACGAGGAGGUGCGGAAGCAGAGUGUCUCACGGAACCGCGAUGCACCUGAGGGAGGCUUCGAUGCCAUCAUCCAGGCCACCGUGUGCGACGAGAAAAUCGGCUGGAGGAAUGAUGCUUCCCAUCUACUUGUGUUCACCACGGAUGCUAAGACCCACAUCGCGCUGGACGGCAGGCUGGCUGGCAUUGUGCAGCCCAACGAUGCCCAGUGCCACAUUGACAAGGAUAAUUUCUACUCUGCCUCCACGACGCUGGACUAUCCCUCUCUGGGCCUGAUGACUGAGAAACUCUCACAGAAGAACAUCAACCUGAUCUUCGCUGUGACGGAUACGGUUGUUGGCCUCUACCAGAACUACAGUGAGCUGAUCCCAGGCACAACCGUGGGCACCUUAUCCAGAGACUCCAGCAACGUCCUACAGCUCAUAGUGGACUCCUAUGGGAAAAUCCGCUCCAAGGUAGAGCUGGAGGUGCGCGACCUCCCUGAAGAGCUCUCCCUGGCCUUCAAUGCCACCUGCCUCAACGACGAGGUCAUCCCUGGGCUCAAGUCUUGCAUGGGCCUCAAGAUUGGGGACACGGUCAGCUUCAGCAUCGAGGCCAAGGUGCGGGGGUGCCCGCAGGAGCAGCAGAAAUCCUUCACCAUCAAACCCGUGGGCUUCAAGGACAGCCUGACGGUGGUGGUGAACUUCGACUGCGACUGCUCCUGUGAGAGCCAAGCCGAGGCCAACAGUUCGUCCUGCAGCCGAGGCAAUGGCACGCUGGAGUGUGGUGUGUGCCGCUGCAACCCCGGGCGCCUGGGCUCGCACUGCGAGUGCUCAGAGGAGGAGUACAACCCCUCGCAGCAGGACAACUGCAGCCUCCAGCCAGGCCAGCCCCUCUGCAGCCAGCGCGGCGAAUGCAUCUGCGGGCAGUGCGUGUGCCACAGCAGCGACUUCGGGAAGGUGACGGGCAAGUACUGCGAGUGCGAUGACUUCUCCUGCGUCCGCUUCAAGGGCCAAAUGUGCUCAGGCCACGGGCAGUGCAGCUGUGGGGACUGUCUGUGCGACUCAGACUGGACCGGCGACUACUGCAACUGCACCACCCGCACCGACACGUGCAUGUCCAGCAACGGGCUGGUGUGCAGCGGCCACGGCUCCUGCGUCUGCGGCAAGUGCGACUGCACCCAGCCCGGAUCCUACGGCGACACCUGCGAGAAGUGUCCCACGUGCCCGGAUGCCUGCACCAUCAAAAAGGAGUGUGUGGAGUGCAAGAAGUUUGAGCGGGGAGCGCUGGUGGAGCAGCAGUCCUGCACCCGCAUGUGCCGUGAUGAGAUCGAGACGGUGCAGGAACUGGGUGACAGAGGCAAGGAUGCUGUGAACUGUACCUACAAGGACGAGAAUGACUGCGUGGUGCGGUUCCAGUACUACGAGGACUCCAGUGGCAAGUCCAUCCUCUACGUUAUCGAGGAGCCAGACUGUCCGAAGGGGCCAGACAUCCUGGUGGUCCUGCUGUCGGUGACGGGUGCCAUCCUGCUCAUCGGCCUUGCUGCCCUGCUCAUCUGGAAGCUCCUUAUCACCAUCCACGACCGUCGGGAGUUUGCCCGCUUCGAGGAGGAGAAGGCCAGGGCCAAGUGGGACAUGGGCCACAAUCCUUUAUAUAAAGAGGCUACAUCUACCUUCACCAACAUCACGUAUCGUGGGAACAUGUAA